CCCACCCCCACCACCCCCAUCCCCAAUACGCACGCACGCGCGCGCCUCACACCGCGCGCGCCUCACACUCCGGUCUGUUCCUCCAGCGUGACACGCCGGGAGGAGAUUCCUCUUAACACCGGACUAUACAUGUGGAUACAAAGCCUGGCUAACGCAGAUCCAUGGGGAUAUUUAAAUAAGAAUUAUAGGCCUACUACCUUUACGCAGGAACAGAGCAGUGAAGGAUUUGGGGCGCUCUAGAGAGACUGUGCCGGCCUUCAUCUGACAGCGUGACCAGCGAAUGAGCCUCGUUCAUGCGUCUCCCUGUGUGCCACUCCCACAUCACUAUGAACUGUGAGCAGGACUUCGGAGACGGGGGCUUGGGAGUGACCCUCACAUUACGACUGCUCAUGCAUGGAAAGGAGGUGGGCAGCAUCAUAGGAAAGAAAGGAGAGACUGUGAAAAGAAUACGAGAGGAGAGCAGUGCGCGGGUCAACAUCUCAGAGGGCUCCUGUCCAGAGAGGAUCAUCACCAUCACUGGCUCCACAGACAGUGUCUUCAAAGCCUUUACCAUGAUCGCAUGCAAACUGGAGGAGGACCUGACUGCACUGGUGGCCAACGGCACCAUUACCUCCAAGCCACCAGUCACCCUUCGGCUUGUCAUCCCUGCCAGCCAGUGUGGCUCUCUCAUCGGGAAGGGAGGGGCCAAGAUAAAGGAGAUCAGAGAGAACACCGGAGCACAGAUACAGGUGGCUGGGGAUCUGCUGCCCAACUCCACGGAGCGAGGGGUGACGAUAUCUGGGAGCCAGGAAUCUGUAAUCCAGUGUGUCAAACUCAUCUGCGCCGUAAUCCUGGAGUCUCCCCCAAAGGGUGCCACCAUCCCCUACAGACCGAGCCCUUCCCCUGCUGCGCUCCUCAUCUCGGGGAAUCAGGUGUAUGAGGCAUCGGAAUUUGCACCCCAUCCACUGUACUCAGUCACCCAGGGCGGCCUUGACCUGCAGCAGGCCUACACUGUGCAAAACCAAUAUGGCAUUCCACAUUCAGAGUUGGCCAAGCUGCAUCAGUUAUCAAUGCAACAAAGCCUGAGUUCAAUGGCCCAGCCGGCUUCAACCGUUAUACCUGGGAUGGACUCAAACUCCCAGACUUCUCAGGAGCUGCUUAUUCCCAACGAUCUGAUCGGCUCGAUCAUCGGCCGUCAGGGCACGAAGAUCAAUGAGAUCAGGCAGGUGUCAGGAGCGCAGAUCAAAAUUGGCAGCCAGCUGGACGGCACAAGUGACCGCCAUGUUACCAUCAUGGGCACGCCGGUCAGCAUCAACUUGGCUCAAUACCUCAUCACCUCUUGUUUAGAGACAGCCAAAUCCACAGCCCAGGCGACCUCCAUGGCCACUCCGGUUGACCUCAACAUGGCCUUCACCCAGCCAGCCUCCCCGGCCACCUCCCCCGCGCCCACCCUGGCAGCCAUUGGUACCCUCGCCCCAGCCCAUGUCCUGGGCACCCCAUAUGGUGCCAUGCCCCUCUCCGGCUUGCUGGGGAUGAAGUCCGUCCCCUUCCUGACUCUCUCCAGCCCCACGCCGGCUGUGGCCGUCACUGCAGCUCCCUCUCACACCGCACUGGCCGCCUAUACUACCAAAAUCUCCUCGGCCAACUGCAUCAAAAAACCCGAGAGACAAAAGUUUGCUCCCUACUGAUGUAGCCUCUGCAUCUCCACGUGUCUGGAGAGUAAGACGAAGGACAGCUGUUCGGUGUUCUUCCUCCAAAUGCCUGAUGUAGCCAUAUCCGCUGCCAGAGAUUCUCUUGACUACUGUACGAUGCACCAACACAGACGAGACCAAUGAAGAUUUGGACAAUAGUUAUUCUAAGUUAUUCACCCGUAUAGGUUAUUUGUGAGUUUCCCAUGAAUUGAUGGACUGCUUUCACCUCCACCUCAUCACUGUUAAUGAUCACUAAUAAAGGGCUGGAACCUCACCUGAGAGACACAUGCUACCAGGAAAGCAGUGGUUUUACAUGUGUCUCUCAAGUUAGAGAUCAGCCGAAAGUAUUUAUCCUUCAGAUAAUUUGUAAAUUAUACUCGGAUGACAGAUGCUCUACUGUAUGAUGCUUUUAUACAAUGUCUAUGUUUGCUUCUUGAAAUUUUUAAGAAAAUUUGUAAAUGUUUUUUGGGGAAGAGGGAGGGGAUUUUUUUUUUUAAUAAUUUCUUUGUGCUCUAGUACUGUAAUGUACUGUUCUGUGUUAUAUCUGGCCGGUUGGAUUUUGUUUGAAACGUGCAACUUGUUUUAUCUUUAUUUAUUAGUAAUUUUUUGUUUUGUUUAUUAAAAACCUUUGU